AUGGCUGAGCGAUACAUUCCCGAGCAUCGCCGAACUCAGUUCAAGGCCAAGAACACCUUCAAGCCUGAGGAGCUCCGUCGUCGUCGCGAGGAGCAGCAAGUCGAGAUCCGGAAGGCCAAGCGUGAGGAGAACUUGGCCAAGCGUCGAGGUAUUGGAACCGGUGAGAACCGCCCUGGUGCUUCUCUCGGUGCCGCCCCUGAUAGUGAUGAUGAGUCCGCUCCUACCGAGUCCCAGUUGAAUGAGGACCUUCCUCAGAUGGUGCAGGGUGUCUUCUCGGACCAGAUCGAUUCGCAGAUUCAGGCCACAACCAAGUUCCGAAAGCUUCUUUCCAAGGAGCGCAACCCCCCGAUCGAGGAGGUCAUCAAGACUGGCGUCGUUAGUCGUUUUGUCGAGUUCUUGCGAUCCCCUCACACCCUGGUUCAGUUCGAGGCUGCCUGGGCUCUGACCAAUAUCGCAUCCGGCUCCGCCACUCAGACACAGGUUGUCAUUGAGGCUGGUGCUGUCCCGAUUUUCGUCGAGCUUCUUGCUAGCCCCGAGCCUGAUGUCAGGGAACAGGCCGUCUGGGCCCUCGGCAACAUCGCCGGUGACAGCCCUCACUGCCGUGACUAUGUCCUUAGCUGUGGUGCUCUUAAGCCUCUUCUUAACCUUCUCGGCGAUAGCCGUAAGCUUAGCAUGCUCCGCAAUGCUACUUGGACACUUAGCAACUUCUGCCGUGGCAAGACCCCCCAGCCUGACUGGACUACUAUUGCACCCGCUCUUCCUGUCUUGUCUAAGCUCGUCUACUCCCUUGAUGACGAAGUCCUCAUCGAUGCCUGCUGGGCUAUCUCUUACCUCUCCGAUGGAUCCAACGACAAGAUCCAGGCCGUUAUUGAGGCUGGCAUUCCUCGCCGACUGGUUGAGCUUCUUAUGCACGCUUCUACGUCUGUACAGACUCCCGCCCUGCGCUCCGUUGGCAACAUCGUUACCGGUGACGACGUUCAAACCCAGGUUAUUAUCAACUGCGGCGCCCUACCCUGCCUCCUGUCUCUUCUGAGCUCUACCAAGGAUGGCAUCCGAAAGGAGGCGUGCUGGACAAUUUCCAACAUCACUGCCGGCAACUCUUCCCAGAUUCAGGCUGUCAUUGAUGCCAACAUCGUUCCUCCUCUGAUCCACCUUCUGCAGAACGGAGACCUUAAAACCCGUAAGGAGGCUUGCUGGGCCAUUAGCAACGCCACCUCCGGUGGUCUGCAGAAGCCAGAGCAAAUCCGUUAUCUAGUUUCUCAGGGUUGCAUCAAGCCCCUGUGCGAUCUACUUGGCUGCCCCGAUAACAAGAUCAUUCAGGUUGCCCUGGACGGCCUUGAGAACAUCCUCAAGAUCGGUGACCUUGACAAGCAGGCCGCUGGUGAGUCUGGCGACUCCAUCAACCGGUACGCUCUGUUCAUUGAGGAGUGUGGUGGCAUGGAGAAGAUCCACGACUGCCAGAACAAUGCCAACGAGGAGAUUUACAUGAAGGCCUACAACAUCAUCGAGAAGUACUUCUCGGACGAUGAGGAGAACGCCGACGAGGGUAUGGCCCAACAACCUGCUGGCCCUAAUGGCACAUUCGGCUUCGGUACCAACGGUGCUGCUCCCUCAGGUGGUUUCGACUUUGCCAAGGGUAGCGACGCCAUGGAUAUGUAA